ACAUCGGUGGCGCCUGCCGUUGGGGACAAGAAGGUCAUCGCAAGGAAGGUUUUGGGAACAGUAAAAUGGUUCAGUGUAAGAAAUGGAUAUGGUUUCAUCAACAGGAAUGACACCAAGGAAGAUGUAUUUGCACACCAGACUGCCAUAAAGAAUAACCCCAGGAAGUACCUUCGCAGUGUAGGAGGUGGAGAGACUGUGGAGUUUGAUGUUGUUGAAGGACAAAAGGGUGCGGAGGCAGCGGAUGUUACAGGCCCUGGUGGAGUUCCAGUUCAAGGCAGUAAAUAUGCAGCAGACCGUAACCAUUAUAGACGCUAUCCACGUCCUAGGGGUCCUCCACGCAAUUACCAGCCAAAUUACCAGAAUAGUGAGAGUGGGGAAAAGAACGAGGGAUCUGAGAGCGCUCCCAAAGGUCAGACCCAACAACUCUGGCCCUACCGCAGGCGAAGGUUUCCCCCUUACUACAUGCGGGGACCCUAUGGGCAUCGACCACAGUAUUCCAACCCUCCUGUGCAGGGAGAAGUGAUGGAGGGUGCUGACAACCAGGGUGCAGGAGAACAAGGUAGACCAGGGAGGCAGAAUAUGUAUCGGGGUUAUAGACCACGAUUUCGCAGGGGCCCUCCUCGCCAAAGACAGCCCAGAGAGAACGGCAAUGAAGAGGAUAAGGGAAAUCGAGGAGAUGAGACCCAAGGUCAGCAGCCACCUCAAUGUUGGUACCUACGCAACUUCAAUUACCGAUGCACGCCAGAGAACCCUAAACCACAGGAUGGCAAAGAGACAAAAGCAGCCGAUGCCCCAGCUGAGAAUCCCUCCGCUCCGGAGGCUGAGCAGGACAGGGCUGAGUAAAUGCCGGCUUACCAUCUCUACCAUCAUCCAGUUUAGUCAUCCUAUAAGAAGUGAAUAUGAAACUCCAGCAAUAAGAAAUGAACAAAAGAUUGGAGCUGAAGACCUUAAGUGCUUG